CGAACGUGAAAACAAGUCGGUGACGCAGAAUUAAUAUUAUUAUUUUUCGCUUUUAUCCACAUUUUGCCUUUAAAAAAUCGCUCAAAAUGAGUUUAUCACGUUUGUCCAGCAAAAUAUUGACGAAUUAUCGCCUGAAUUCGCGAACUUUCGAGGUGUCAAAGAUAUUGACUUGUCGCUUCUACUCGGUGAAAGCUUCGAAGAAAAUUUUCGCAAAUUGUGACGACGCGGUCAAAGAUAUUCCCGAUGGAGCAAAAUUACUUGUCGGCGGUUUCGGACUUUGUGGCAUUCCGGAGAAUUUAAUUGGAGCCCUGCUGAAAAAAGGCACGAAAGACUUGACAAUUGUCUCCAAUAAUGCCGGCGUUGCGGACUUUGGUUUAGGACUUUUGCUACAAAAUCAUCAGAUAAAACGCAUGAUCGCCUCUUACGUCGGCGAAAAUGCAGAAUUUGAACGGCAAUAUCUCUCCGGCGAGUUGGAGCUGGAAUUGACGCCACAAGGAACUUUAGCGGAGCGUUUGAGGGCAGGAGGCGCGGGAAUUCCAGCAUUUUACACCCCAACCGGGUAUGGAACGUUAAUCCACGAGGGCGGAGCUCCCAUCAAAUACGGCGAAAAAGGAAAAAUUGACAUCGCAAGUCAACCGCGACAGAUGCAAAUGUUCAACGGAAAGCCUUAUAUCCUCGAGGAAGGCAUCACGGGCGACUUUGCGCUCAUUAAGGCCUACAAAGCUGACGAAUUAGGGAAUUUAAUUUUCCGCAAAUCCGCUCGUAAUUUCAACCCCCCAAUGUGCAAAGCUGCCAAAUGUACAAUUGUCGAAGUCGAAGAAAUCGUUCCUGUUGGCUCCCUAGACCCCGAUUUCAUCCAUAUGCCAAGUAUUUUCGUGCAUCGCAUCAUAAAAUGCACCCAUGAGAAACGUAUCGAACGUACAAAAAUCCGCGAUCCUUCGAAACCCGUCGCUGCCGGCACUUCUCCCGCCGCCAAAGUGCGCGAAACCAUCGCACGACGUGCCGCACUCGAAUUCAAAGACGGCAUGCACAUCAAUUUAGGCAUCGGAAUGCCAAUGUUGAGUGCGAAUUACAUCCCCGAGUCCGCCACAGUACUCCUUCAAUCGGAAAAUGGCAUUUUAGGUCUCGGUCCGUACCCGCUAAAAGACGAAGUUGAUGCCGAUCUCAUAAAUGCGGGCAAGGAAACAGUCACUCUCGUUACAGGAGCCUCUUAUUUCUCAUCUGACGACAGUUUUGCGAUGAUUCGCGGCGGGCACAUCGAUGUCACGGUCCUUGGGGCGAUGGAGGUGUCGCAAUAUGGCGACUUGGCGAAUUACAUGAUUCCCGGAAAGCUUGUGAAAGGCAUGGGAGGCGCCAUGGAUCUUGUUAGUGCGCCAGGAACGAAAUGUAUAAUCACGAUGGAGCACACGGCGAAAGACGGAUCACCGAAAAUCCUUCCAGAAUGUCAAUUGCCGGUGACGGGCAAGAAUUGUGUUGACAUGAUCAUCACGGAAAAGUGCGUUUUUACCGUCGACAAGGAAAGUGGAUUGACUUUGACGGAAUUGGCGGAGGGAGUGACGGUAGAAGAUGUCGUCACGAGUACCGGAGUCGAAUUCCAAGUCGCUGAAGACGUUAAACCGAUGGGACAGGCAGCUUAAAAGCUGAUUUUUGAGCAUUUACGAUAUUUUUACAAAAAAUUUCUAUUAAAAAUUUGACCAAAACUCAGUUUUUUGGAUAAAAAUCCAUUUUUGACACACAGAAGAUCCCCAGAAAGUAACUUUUUGAGCCUCA